AUAUGUACAGUGAGCGUGAGUGUGUGUAGAGAGAGAGGGAGCAAGAGAGAAAGGCAGACAGAGAGAGGCAGGUACCUGUGUAGAGUAAGCUGAACGAAGAGGUAGCUCCAGAGCUCUUUUCUCUUUCUUCUUUCUCAGACUGUGACUCCAAAGACUUUCACAAGGAUCAUUCUUCCACUUCAGCCUGAGAGAUGAGUGGUAUAAAUGAGUGUCCGUUGGUGGAUGUGUGUAACUCUGAGGACUCGGCUGUGCCCUCAUUGGAUGAGGAGCAUUGUGAGGAGUUGUGGGAAAGAGUGGAGGGGGUCAGACACAAGCUGACCCGCAUCCUGAAUCCAGCUAAACUGACCCCGUAUCUGCGGCAGUGUAAGGUCAUUGAUGAACAGGAUGAAGACGAAGUGCUGAACUCCACUCAGCUUCCACUGCGGAUCAGCAAGGCUGGUCGUUUAUUGGACAUCCUGAGGGGCCGUGGUGAACGGGGGCUGCAGGCUUUCAUGGAGUCACUGGAGUUCUACCAUCCAGAGCAAUACACACAGCUCACAGGCAGAAAGGCCACACAACGCUGCUCUAUGAUGCUUGAUGAGGAGGGUCCGGAGGGUCUGACACAAUUCCUACUGUUGGAGGUAAAAAAGCUGAGGGAGCAGCUCCGUAAUGCUCGGCUGUGUGAACGGAGGCUGUCUCAGCGCUGCAGAGUGGCUGAAGAUGAACGCAACCGAGCAGAGAGAAAAACGCAGGAUCUCAGACAAGACAGAGUACAGCUGGAGAGGUUGAGACAGGACUGGGAGGCGGGUGCUAGAGAGCUGGGCAAACUGAAGGAAAGGCAUUUGGAGCAGGCAGUGAAAUACUCCAGAGCUCUAGAGGAACAGCGUAAAGCUUCUGCCCGUGAGAGAGAGCUACUUAUGCAGGUGGAGCAGCUGAAGAACAGACUGACAGAGGUGGAGAAAAGUGCUACUGGAGACUUCACGCCCACCGCCUCCAUCAAAAGGGCCAGUGCAGUACAUGUGACGGCAGAGAGUUCCCCUGCUGGACAAAACACAAUACUGCGGCCCACACAUGCACAGAGAGACCACGUUACUGGGACUCAGGCUCUGCUGGACAUCCUGCAGCAGGACCGCAGAGAGGCAGCGGAGCAGAGACAGGAGCUGUGCAGUACCGUGCUCAGACUGCAGGGGGAGCUUGAGAGCGCUGAGGCAGCCAGAGAGAAGUUGGAGGCUCAGUGUGAGCAGCUGCAGCUCAAGGUGCGGACGCUGCAGCUGGACUGGGAGGCGGAGCAGAAGAGGAGCAUGUCCUACUUUAAUCAGAUUAUGGAACUGGAGAGAGAGAGAGACCAUGCUCUGCGCAGUAGAGACAGUCUGCAGUUAGAGUUUACGGACUGUCUGUUGGAUAAGAACCGUCUGCGUAAGCGCAUAGCAGAGCUACAGAGCAGUCUGGAGCAGCAGCAGAGGGAGCUGGAGAAAGAGAGAGAGAAAAAUGAGAGAAAUAGAGAGCAGAAUGGCACCCCCUGCAGACAUGGAUCUCAUUUCUCUCUGCUCAGUGAGGACCAGUGUUUUGGCCCCUGCUGUUCUCUCAGUCUGACCCACCAAGACGGCACACACCAGCUACUGUACAAGUCGCCCUCUAAUGGCCAGAACAGUGAACAGUCAGAAGGUUCGCGCUCCAACUCUGAGGAGAAUCUCUUCAGUCCGCUCUGUGACAGUGCAAAGGAGAUCAACAGGCUGUCCACAUUCCCGUUUCCCCCCUGCAUGAACUCCAUCAACCGCAGGGUCAAUACUGAGUUUGAUCUGGAUUCGUGGGGCAGUGAUGAAACCGACACUGUCACAGAUGACUCUGAAUCGUCUCUAUGGGCGUCGUGUGCUUCUCUGCAGUCUCAGCUUUUCCCUCCUGAUCUGGUAAACAAGCGUGCAUCGAGCAAAACAUCACUGCAUCCAGAGCCCCUGCCAGUAGUCCCCUCGCCCCCCUCUCCACCCAAGAAUGUGAGCCUGGCUAACGACAUCACUAUUGUUGGGGGCAACCGUACGGGAAUAUUUGUGCAAACAGUGAGGUCGGGGUCAAUGGCGGAGAAAUGUGGCCUCAAAGAGGGGAGCGAGCUCCUGGAGUUGGAGCAGGAGCUGUUUGUGGGUGGCCAUGUUGACCUGAGUCAGUGUACGGGGGAAGUGGCUCAUUUCUCUCUGCAGUGGUGGACAGAACCAGCCUCUCUCAAACACAAGUUUAAUGAGGAGGGUUACUCUAGUUUGAGUAGUGAACUCUCCUCUCCCUCCUUCACCGGUGCUGAUUCUUUUCACGUUCGCGUGAACCUUGACCUCUGUCCCUAUGGCGACCCACCCUGUCUGCGUGUGAGCUGUAAUGACAUCCUGCAUGUGACAGAUACACGAUACAAUGGAAAAUACCAAUGGCGCUGCACACGCGUGGACACACACUCUGCUAAACCACUACAGCCUGGAGCAGUGCCAAACUACAACAGGGCACAGCAGUUGAUGUUGGUGAAGCUGCGUACCAUGGCACUGGAGCAUAAAGACAGCAAGAAGAAAUUUUGUAAAAAGGGGUCUGAUCGUGUGCGGUUGGUGAAAGCAGCGACUAACUGCCGCAGGAUUGGUUCCUUCUCCCCAGUCCUCUACACACUUGGCAACCGUCAUGAGGAGCACCUGAUCCCCUACAGUAUAGUGCAGCCGGUGGAGGUUGAGUGUAAACGGCCUGUGGUGUUCUCCCCCUCUCUGCUAUCCCGCCGUCUCAUAGAGAGAUUACUGCAGCCCGCAGAUUCAGGAUUACACUUUAACACCUGCCAGCCAGAGCCAAUCGCAGUGUGUGAACAGCAGGAUAAGAGUGUGUUCCUGUUGGACUCUUCAACAUCAGAGCAAACACUGGGAAUUAGACUAAAGAGCAUUCAGGAGGUUAUAAACCAGGACAAGCACUGUCUGCUGGAGUUGGGAGUGAACAGUGUUGAGUCUCUCCUAAAGCAAGGACUGUAUCCCAUCGUCAUCCACAUUAAGCCUAAAGACAAAAAGGGCAGGAAGUUCCGUAAGUUGUUAUCAUGCCGUGGGGAGGAUGAGUUGAUGUUGGAGCUGAAGGCUGAUGAGCUUCAGUUGGAGACUCUGCCGCUGCUGUACUGCACAGUGGAGCCCAGCACAUGGAGCUGCACUGAGGAGCUUCUGACCGCUGUCCGCAACACCAUCCACAGCCAGCAGGGGGCGGUGGCCUGGGUGGAAAUAGACAGACUGUAGUAGAGCAGUAGAGGCGCUUUCAGAAGCGGCUUAGAGGAAAUCUGCCCACAUCCUAUUCAUUUAGUUAUACCAAAAACAUGACUGCUAAAUGCUAGAGGGCGCUAGAGAGAAUCCUCAAAUUUCACAUCAUACUACUCUAAAUGAUUCUGUUUACAUGUCGGUAAUUGAACUCCACAGAAAUUUUGAAAAUUAGUGUCCCCUUUAAGAAGAGUAUCACAUAAAGAGUUAUGAAGUGUUACUUGGUAAUUGAAUGUAAUGUUCCUUUGCAGUCAAGGAUGCAUUCUCUCUAGGCACUCCUCUACCAUGUGGGAUGUUUUGUAGUUUCGGCUGUUUUUGCAUGCAGUGAAAUAUAUUCAUGCCUUUUUCCCUGUUAUUUGUGUUUUGUUAUCGAAAUAUUAUCUGUUUUCUAUUUAUUAUUAUAUACAUCGGUUUUGAAAUGUUUAUCAAUCUAGUUCUCAAUCAAAUGAACCCUCCCCCUAAAGACUGAAAUAUGUAAAUGAUCACUGUUCGGACUGGCUGUCUUGUAUUGUGCCUAUUCAAAAAUCAGUCCAGGCUGAAACACAUCUUAUAACUUCAGUGUGAAUAGGCGGAGCUAGCUGUUGUAGACUGAAUAGGCAGAUGUAUGUAAAUGUGUUGGUUUUUGUGACAUUGCAAAAGCCAUGACUUUAAAAGGGGUUGUUUUGCAGCUUAGUCAUCAUAUAUGGACUUUAUUGGCUUACAGUGUUUACAUGCUAUAUCAGACUCUCUUAGUUCAAAAAGUGAGAAAAUUUAGAUUUUAUAGGCUAUGGGCCCUUUAAAAGAGCAUUAGAUAUUUACACAAAAGCGCCACAGACCCCUCCUUCUGCACUUGCUCACAAGGGCCCUCUAGUGUCUGACUAACCCAGAUUACUGAGUGGGAUCAACCCUGAACUGUAAGGCCUGUAUACUCCUCACUCUUCUAACUUCUCACUUUCAUAACUACAUAACUUAUAUUUUAGCCUCCAAACUGUUACUGAAUAGUUACUGAAUGAUUUCAUAAUAAAUAAUAAAAGUCUUAAGAAGAAGAAGAAGAAUAAGCUUGCAGUUUAAGGGGUUAAUUAGGGAUUUUAAUUCAUAAUCACAGAGAGUCUAAGGACCUAAGAUACAGAAUAUCGGUUCUAGCUGUGGAGUGACAGACAGUGUCUAAUAAUUAUAACACAGGACUCCUCCUGCAACCCACCUGUAAUUUAUGAUGAUACUCCCAGC